CUCAUACCACAACGCAACACGGACACAGUUGAGCACAAGUUCAGCAGACCAGCGUCUAGUGCCGAGUGUUGAGUCAGUUCCUCAGUUCGCCAGUGAAUGUUGUGACGCGAGGUUCGAGAUCGGGCGGUUCUAGAGUACGACAUACCCGCUGUUAGAAGUGUAGAGGACUUUGAAGCAAAAAAAAGUGUUGAAUGAUCACCAUAUUCCAAUCAUCAUCAUCAUCAUCAUCAUAAUCGAAUAUGUGUGUGGCGGUGAUUAUUGUUGCUGGUUCUGGGGGUUCGGAAUGGACAGUGUAGUGUAUUGGAAACAGGAAGAAGGGCAGACCUAUGGAUAACCCGCAUAGCAUGUCAACGUUCAACAUAGAGAGUGAAGCUAUCACAGUCGUGCCACCAUUCGAUGUAUCCAUUAUAUGUGAAUCUUUUAAUCCCUGAUGGUAUGUGCAGAUGCAGAUUGAUUGUGAACAUCAGGAUUGAUUGUUGGAAAUUUGAUGAACUAGAUGUUUAAAGUGAAAUCCAUAGAUAAAAAGUGUUGAACGGGGCUGUUCAAAAAGUUCUUGAGUACAUUUUGUGUUGAAACAGUUUGGUUGACGAAUAGUUUUGGCGUUUGGAUAUCUGUGGCUUAAGUAGUGUAUGUGCGUUAACUGCAAAUUUUGAGCUAAACAAAAACAGCGAUAUAGUGUAUAUGCAGAAAAGUUCAUUAACAAAACCGAGUAUGAACAAAGAAGUUUCAGAAGUUGUUAGAACCCAAGUAACCUGUUGCAAGCGAUCGUAGUUACGUAGUUACAACCCUGUGCAGUGUGCUGUUUUUAUGUUUCGUAUACGAAAAUUAGGAGGGAGAGCGAAGUGAAACACGUGAGAGCGGGAAAGUGCUUUUUCAGUGAUGUGUGAUGUAUGCUAUGUGAGCAGCAUAUAGAAAUUCAAUUCAGCCAGAACCCCAAACCCAGAAGGCAGGGAGGAAGCUAUUGGGAGUGUUGUGUAUGCUGUAACACUUCGAUAGUAUAUUGUAGAAUCCCGAAAGGAAGAAGCGCUGUUCGCCGCGGAUGGUGAAGAGUAAAAUUAUUAAGUGCUAUGAAUGAGCUAAAUCCAGUGUGUCUACGUGCUCGGUGUGUUUCGUGGAUUAUCGCAGUGUUGUUGUAAUUGGGGGUCUCGUGUUUGUUAUAAUCGAAAAGAACCCAUUCCGAAGAUGGGUUUGGCAUCGUCGAAGGCGGCCAACAGUAUUGCCGCCGGAAGUAACGGCGGCGGCGGUGGUUCCAAACAUGACAGCGUGAUUGUCGAAACGCGGCACCACCACCAUCCGGACAUCCAGCAGCCAUGUUCGCUGCUACCAUCGCCUUCGAGCGUUAUCGACAGCUGGAAACCGUCGAGCUGUCACGUACGGCAAGCCUCUAUCCGGUCGCGAAAUUUGCAACCCAUGCCGGACAUUGGCGAGCUGGAUCGGCGCUUCGCGAAAGUACUGGCAUCCAUGGAUCUCCCGCCGGACAAGGCAAAGCUGCUCAAAAACUACGACAACGAAAAGAAAUGGGACAUUAUUUGCGAUCAGGAAAUGGUUCACGCAAAGGACCCUCCAGCACAUUAUCUCACCAAGCUACGAACCUACCUGGAUCCGAAAGCUUCACGAAGUCAUCGAAAACGAAAAAUGGUCGGCGAAUCCACCUCGACGCAGGUUCUUCGAGAUUUGGAGAUAUCUCUCCGCACAAACCACAUCGAAUGGGUGAAGGAAUUUCUGGACGAUGAAAACCAGGGUCUGGACGCGCUAAUCGACUACCUGAGCUUUCGGCUAGCGAUGAUGCGCCACGAGCAGCGAAUACAGGAAGCCAAAUCCGAAUCGGACGAGGGCCUGAACCCCAAGGAUACGACCAUAGCGUCGUACGGUAGCAACGAAACGAAUCACAAAUUAGGCACUAAUGGCUUCAUGAGGCCCGGCCUGGGCGAUAUGAUGGAUAGCCCCAGUAUAAAACGGAGGUCGAGACACAUCGCAAAGCUCAAUAUGGGUCUGACGACGGAUGACAUCCACGUGUGUAUAAUGUGCAUGAGGGCCAUCAUGAACAACAAGUACGGUUUCAACAUGGUGAUCCAACACCGGGAAGCAAUCAAUUGUAUAGCGUUAAGUUUGAUACACAAAUCUCUGAGGACAAAAGCGCUGGUCCUGGAACUGUUGGCAGCGAUAUGUCUGGUGAAAGGAGGCCAUGAAAUCAUCCUAUCGGCAUUCGAUAACUUUAAGAAGGUCUGCUCCGAACAGCGUCGCUUUCAGACGCUGAUGGAGUACUUUAUGAACUACGAACUAUUUAAUAUAGACUUUAUGGUUGCGUGUAUGCAAUUUGUAAAUAUCGUUGUACAUUCCGUGGAAGACAUGAACUACAGGGUGCAUCUGCAGUACGAGUUUACUGCACUAGGGUUAGACGAAUAUUUGGAAAAGCUAAGGUUAACAGAAUCGGAGGAGCUUCAGGUUCAAAUAUCUGCCUAUUUGGACAAUGUGUUCGAUGUUGCCGCUUUGAUGGAAGAUAGCGAAACGAAGACUGCCGCCCUCGAGAGGGUAAACGAAUUAGAGGACGAACUAGGUCGUGCCUUGGACCAGGCUAGUGAAAUCGAACGGGAAGCCCUGUUCAAAAUUGGAGAACUCGAAUCGGAACUAAGUCAAACUCGAGCCGAACGAGACGACCUCUGCAACAAGCUACGAAUUGUUGAAGAGGAAAUUACGAAGCUGAAGCGAGCACUCAAACAACACGAACAAGAAUCCAAGAGUCGCCAAUCUAUGCUGCUGGAAUUGGAAAAUCUCACCAAGACCCUACCGAAGGGAACUUCGAUAGCGGAUGUAUCAAAUUUGCUUGCUAACGGCGGUAAACUCUCCGAGCUCAGUCCCACGAGCAACGGUGGAGGAGACAAAGCCGCCCCACCAAUACCACCUCCCCCAGCACCACCAGCCCCACCUGCUCCACCUGUAGCACCGACGCCACCUCCACCACCCUGCCCACCAGCACCCAACUUCAACGGCGAUGCCCCACGGGCACCUCCGAAACCACCUUCAUUCAUUCCACCUCCACCGGCUGGUCCCGGUGGAUUCAUGAACCUGGGGGCCAAUGCCAUGCACUGCACCGACGGCAACAUGACCAUCAAACGCAAAGUACAAACGAAAUACAAACUGCCAACGCUCAACUGGGUGGCCCUGAAGCCCAACCAAGUCCGAGGUACCAUCUUCAACGAGCUGGACGACGAAAAGCUGCACCGGCAGAUCGAUUUCAUCGACUUCGAGGAACGGUUUAAGAUCGGCAUGGGAGGACCGCUGACGAAUGGCAACUGCGACAUGGACGGGCUCUCGACAUUCCCCAGCAAGCGAUUCAAGAAACCGGAGCACAUUUCGCUGCUCGAGCACACGAGGUUAAGAAAUAUUGCAAUCUCUCGUCGCAAGCUGGAAAUGCCCGUCGACAUUGUCAUCAAGGCGAUCAACAACCUGGAUCUCAAGCAGUUGUCGCUGGAAAACGUCGAACUGCUGCAAAAGAUGGUCCCCACGGACCAGGAGCAGAAGAUGUACAAGGAAUAUGUGAUAGAGAAGAAGGAUCUGAACCUGCUGAGCGAGGAGGACAAAUUCAUGCUGCAGCUGACCAAGGUCGAACGGAUCUCCUCCAAACUGUCGAUUAUGAACUACAUUGGAAACUUCUUCGACAGUUUGCAUCUCAUCAACCCGCAAAUCUACGCCAUCAUCUCCGCCUCGUCGUCGAUCAAAUCGUCGAAAAAGUUCCGAUCUGUGCUCGAGGUCAUCCUGGCAUUCGGCAACUAUCUCAACAGCAGCAAACGUGGUCCGGCCUACGGGUUCAAGCUGCAAAGUUUGGACACCCUGCUGGACACUAAGUCCAACGACAAGCGCAUGAGCCUAAUGCACUACAUCGUGGCAACGGUGCGGCAAAAGUUCCCCGAGCUGAUGAACUUCGACUCGGAGUUGUUCUGUAUCGAUAAGGCGGCACAGGUCUCGCUGGAGAUACUGAUCUCCGACGUGAACGAACUGGAGAAGGGCAUGGAAGCCGUCCGGAAGGAGGCCGACCUGCGAGGGAAGGGCACGCAGAAUCACGUGCUGAGAGAUUUCCUCAACAACUCCGAGGAGAAGCUGAAGAAAAUUCGAACGGACUGCAAAACUGCGCAGGAUUCGUUCAAGGAGUGCAUCGAAUACUUCGGUGAAUCGUCCAGGAAUGCCGAUGCCAAUGCAUUCUUCUCGCUACUAGUCCGAUUUGUGAGAGCAUUCAAGGCAUGUGACCAGGAGAACGAACAGCGCCGGCGGCUGGAGCAGGCCGCCCUCCAGGCAGCCAACAAGAAGGACGACGACGAAGGCGUUGUCCUGCGGAACAACAAGCUCAACAACCAGAAGAAGCAACAGGAAGCGGUCAUCAACGAGCUCAAGACCAAGACCAACUCGGUACGGGAGAAGAAGCUCCUUCAGCAGGACGAGGUCUACAACGGAGCCCUGGAGGACAUUCUGCUGGGGCUGAAGAACGAACCGUACCGCAGGGCGGACGCGGUCCGAAGAAGCCAACGAAGGCGCAUCGAUAGCAAUCGACUAUCGAGGACCAUGGAAGAGAUGGAGUUCUAAUCGUCUACGCCUCGGAACCGCAAACAACUAAAACAACCAAAAUGUGAUUUUGAACCAUGUUCAUCCAAGUGAAUCGGCACAUCUCGACACACACACUCAACAAGCACAAUAAUGACUAUUUUAACGAUACAUAUAAUGACACGCAACAUUCGCAGUGAAGGCUCUCUCGUUUUUCUGGCACAGUUAUAUUUUUUAAAUUGUUUUCUGUAAGUAGUACCAUUAUUUUCCUUGUAAAAAGAGAGAAUUUUAAGUCAUAGUUUUAAAGAAAGGAAAAACGGCGAGACGUCUCGUGGAAAAAUUGUUUUUAUACUAUGUUAUAAUUAUUAAUUCACGAAAUUUUAGUGGCAAACUAUACGUUUACUUUGUGUAUAUAUUUUGUUCAGUACAUUGAUAUAAGACAUGUGCAUUAAUCUACAAUA